AUGGCGGCCACUCCGCACGUCUCGCCCACUCUUUCCCGCUACAAAUUAUUCUCCCCUUCCGCAGUCGAAAACCGUAAUUUCUAUCCACAUCAAAACAUCGAUAGUCGUCGUCGGAGGAGAUUGAUCAAAUCGCAUCUUCAAGCGCAUAACAAUGGUACCGUUAUUAGCUACGGUCCUCGGACGACGACGGAACUCGCCUCCUCGAAGAAACUAUGGAUUAGGCAAACGGAGGUCGAGCAAUCGCAAAUAGAAAAUGAAGAAGAAGAAGAAGAGGAAGAGGAUAUGGAUGACGAGGCGAGUCUGCUCUCGCUGAGCAUGAAACCGGACAGAAACAUGGCGUUGCUAGACGAUUACGAGAUGGCGGAGGAGCUCGGCCACACUCCUCCUGAUACCAAUCAUCGCAGCGGAUACGUGGCGGUGGUUGGGAUGCCGAACGUGGGGAAAAGCACGCUUUCGAAUCAAAUGAUUGGUCAGAAGAUCUCCAUUGUUACUGAUAAGCCUCAAACCACGAGGCAUCGGAUUCUCGGCAUCUGUUCCACCCCUGAUUAUCAGAUGAUACUUUAUGAUACGCCUGGUGUAAUCGAGAAGAAGAUGCACAGGUUAGACACUAUGAUGAUGAAGAAUGUCCGUGAUGCUGCCAUCAAUGCCGACUGCGUUGUCAUUCUUGUUGAUGCUUGUAAAACUCCUGCUAAUAUAGACCAAGUCUUGAAAGAGGGCUUGGGAGAUCUCGAAAAGAAGAGGCCACCCAUGCUGCUUGUUAUGAAUAAGAAAGAUCUCAUCAAACCUGGUGAGAUUGCCAAGAAACUCCAGUGGUAUGAAAAUUUUACAGAUGUUGAUGAAGUUAUACCUGUUAGUGCUAAGUACGGACAUGGAGUGGAGGACGUGAAAGAGUGGAUCUUAUCCAAACUUCCCUUUGGCCCACCUUAUUAUCCCAAGGAUAUUGUGAGUGAGCACCCGUAGAGAUUCUUUGUUGCUGAGAUCGUUAGAGAGAAGAUAUUUAUGCAGUACCGAAAUGAAGUUCCUUAUGCAUGUCAGGUGAACGUGCUGAGCUACAAAACUAGACCAGCUGCAAAAGAUUUUAUUCAAGUUGAAGUAGUCGUGGAUAAAAAUUCUCAGAAGAUCAUCCUUAUCGGAAAAGAAGGUAAGGCUUUGAAAACGCUAGCAACGGCUGCUCGACUAGACAUUGAAGAUUUCCUUCAGAAAAAAGUCUUCCUUGAGGUGGAAGUGAGAGUGAAGGAGAACUGGAGACAAGAUGAGGGACUUCUCAAAUACUAUGGCUAUGGAGGACAGAUCCGAGCUAUGUAAGUAAGUAGUGUGUAUUGAUUGGCUUCAAAUGGGAUAUGAACGAGGGUAGAAAGUGCAAAUGGCAAGACUCAGGUCAGCUUUUUCCCCAUUUUUGUUUUGUUUUGUAUGUAUUUAACCGAUACGGCUCAGCCUCAGGAAUGCUUUUUGUCUUUAAUCUCAAGAUGAUUCAUCUGAAAAAUAAAACUCUUUUCUUCUUUUG